AUGCUUCAUUGCCCUGCCGAAAAAGUGCUAACCCUAUAUUUUGCGGUCGCAUUCUACGUUCCUAUCGUCAGCUCACAAUUUAACGAGCCGACAAGACUGGUUGGAUUUGGCGAGAAUCCCUCCUCAAUCACCUACAACUCGGGCGACCGCGCGGAAACGGUCCCCAAGGGUAUUUUCCACUACAGCAACUCGGAGAACAACUUUGGCGCCAACUUCAAGGUGCCCGGCGCGGAACAGAUCGAUCCCCUGCGCAUGAUCUCUGAUCUGAUGAACACGGCGGCGAGCGCGGAGCAGAAGCGGAAGGAACUUUCCGGGGUUUAUUUGCCGAUGCCGUUCGGGCUAAGCCCGCUGAAUUUGCAGAUCGCGCAAGACGGCUCAACCGGCUUCUCCACAAAGGAGCGUCAACGAAAACCAGACGACCAGAAGCCGUCAACCUCAUCGGCGACGAGUCCGCGGCUACAACACCUAUUUUUGAACGCGAGGACGAUGUGCAUCCAAGAGAGCAAGGCGUUAUGUGAUUCGGCGUUGGAGGAGUACCAGAAGGCCAAGCUCGGCGGGGAGUCCGCAUUAGAAAAGCGGUUACGAGCGCAACGCGUCGCUCCUGAUGAUCCCGUUAAGUACCUACAAACGGAAGUAGCAAAAUGGAUGUUACCAAGUUUGAAUGGCGGGCUGGAGAGCGUACGAGGGAACGCGGCCCUUCGACGUUCCCCUGAACAGUUAAGACGGGAUGAAGAUCCCAGGACUUCAGAAGACUCUUCAGAGGCACGAGACCUUACCCCGGAAGUACCUAGACGAACCAGCAACCCAUUUGGUUCCAUAACCUGGACGCCCCGCUCCAGAAACCAACCUCAGACUACGCGACGCUCCUAUGGACGCGGCCAUCUCCAUGCACAUACCUACAGC